AUGUCAGACGACUCAGAUCAAUCCAGCACUCGAGAGACAGAUCAGCGUGCCUUGAAACUAAUCAAUGUUGGGCCUUGGAGACUUGGAAAGGUGAUUGGUAGGGGCAGCUCAGGGCUCGUCCGUGUCGCGACGCAUAAAAUCAAUGGACAAAUGGCAGCUGUCAAAAUUAUGUCAACUGAAGCUAUAUUCAACUCACGAAUGUCCGUGGACGGUGAUCCUGAACAAGCGGAACGAAUAAUUCAGAGUAUCGAGCGAGAAAUUGUUAUCAUGAAGUUACUCGAGCACCCCAAUAUUCUUGGUCUUCUGGACGUAUGGGAAGCGAAGGGGCUUUUGUUCGUUAUCAUGGAGUACAUCGACGGCGGAGAGCUAUUCGACUACAUUGUAGAGAAAGGUCGAAUACCUAUUCCUGAGGCUAUUCAUUACUUUCAACAAGUGAUGUAUGCUGUCGCAUACUGUCACCGGUUCCGGAUAGCCCAUCGUGACCUAAAGCCGGAGAAUAUCCUUAUGGACAAGAACAACAACAUCAAGGUUGCAGAUUUCGGCAUGGCGGCGUUCGUCCCACGCGACUCUUUUCUCUAUACGAGCUGUGGCUCUCCUCACUAUGCGAGUCCAGAGGUAGUAUCGGGACUUGCAUACAACGGCGCUAUUUCAGAUGUUUGGUCUUGUGGCGUGAUCUUAUAUGCACUACUUUCUGGGAAGUUGCCAUUCGAUGAUGAAGACAUUCGGGCCUUACUGGGAAAAGUUCGAGAAGGAAAUUACAGUAUCCCAGCCGAUAUUCCAUGGCCUGCACAGAACCUCAUACGAAGGAUGAUGGAGAAGGAUGUUGAUAGGCGCAUAGAGGUAGUAGAGGUACUGCAGCACCCAUUCUUUCGAUCUAUAACCCCUCGCAUACUCCCUACUAUCGCACCAACAUUUGAUCAUUUAGCUGGUAGCGUACCCAAGGGCAUAGGAAAGCUAUCUAUUGACAACGAUAUAAUGAAAAACAUGCGAACACUAUGGAGAAAUAGGCAGGACAGUGAUAUUAUCAGGGCCAUCUACAACCCACAUGAUAACUGGGAAAAGAUUGCCUACCAUCUCUUGUACGAAUUUAGGACCAAAAGGUUAAAAUGCAUUGGAUCGGAUGGUAAUGAGUACGAGCCUCGCAAAAGGCCGGGACGCCAAUGCCAGGAGCUUCCAUUUCGCACCCCCGCCCUUUACAGCUCUUUUGAUAUUUCCGAGAACGCAUCGACUGAGAGUCCUUGUGCUCCAACCCCAGGCUACGCUCACUCUUUCAGCGUUUCAGAUGGUCCAACUACGUCUAACCCUACGUCUCCCAUCGCACCCACUGCUCCGUUGACUCCGCGAAAACGAACGAGGACCGAGCCUAUUGGCAACUCCAGCGCUGAAACUCUGCCCGAAAUAGUGAUCCAUCAGGCAAGUCCAACGAAGAAGGGUGCCAAAAAAUCGGUUGAUAGCCUUUUAUGUAACGAGAUUACCUGUUGUGAACGGUUGAGUCCAUAUCCUCAACCCAAGCCCACUGGACCGUUUGUGCCUAUCGAUGGACCUGAAAUGGAAGGGGACAUGUUCUUCCACCAGAUCACUGAAAUGCUAGUCAACAUGUCCAACCAGGAACUGGAAUCGAGUCGAAAAGCCCCUGUAUCACCAGAGAAGAAUGGAGGAAAAGGAAAGGCCAAGUUGAUAGGCGAAAAGCUCGGAGCUAUGCUGGAGCUCAAGCUACCAGCCAACCAGGUCGUCCCACCUCCGACAACUCCUGUGACGCCGAAUUUUUUGAACCACGAGUCUUCGAUCGAAGCUUCCGAGUCUAUCGGACCAACUAUUCGAGCUGUUCCUCAAUCAAAAGUACUCAAGCCCUCGAACGUAGGCAACCUGCCUCGAGAGAGUAAGACACAGAUUGUGUCGGUGACUGCCAAGGAAAACACACCUUUUGUUUUGUCUGAACCACCUCGAGGGAGGAUGCGUUCCAAGACGGCCAACGCCGCUCAGCCUCAGUCUCGGAGCAGUGGGCCCGUCAAGAAGCAUGUGCGUAUAGUUACCCCCGACCGGAAUUCGUUUGUCCGACCGCGAAAACGGACUUCGUCGGCUAAUAGGGAGCACGAGAUGGCCACUAGUAUCAAUACACCUUUUGUAUUCCCCCGAUCGUCGGAAAACUGCCAGUGUAUCGCAUCGCUGCAAUUGCUGGGUGUGCAUGUAGAAGCGAGCCAGCCGCAGCCGCAAACAUAUGGCGUCGUGUCCAAGCCGCUCAGGUUUCGGGUCGAGAUUUGGCCCUCGAAUGGGGUCAAGUAUGCCGCGGGCUACUUGAGCGAGAUUACGUUUGCGCUAGAUAAAGGCUCUCAAGCAAACUUUGCUGCGUUCUUUGAGCGUGUGAGGGCCGGCUGGGAGAUGCACGUAAGCUACCGGAUGGAGGGUAGUCUGGAGGUGCUGGAUGUGCAAACAGGGCAGCCUUUACCAAGCCCGGCGUUGACUGUUGGCGGGAGGUACGCUGAAGUUUGA